CUUUCGGUGUAACACCUGUUGACAACUGUACUGGUCAGCACUUAGUAAUUUAUAUAUAUACUAUUGUAGAAGUUAUUAAAUUAUAUCAUCCAGCAAGGAGCUGUGUGUAAGUCAACAUUUGAUCUGACGGAAAAGACCACAAGAACACUCUGACAGGAGCUGUCACUACUUCAGGGUAGAACUCACCGGAAAAGAAGCUGCUGCCAUGGUCCAGAAAUAUCAGUCACCAGUGCGGGUCUACAAAUACCCCUUUGAAUUCAUAAUGGCGGCCUAUGAGAGGAGAUUUCCAACCUGCCCCCUCAUCCCUAUUUUUGUGCAUAGUGACAUCAUUAGCGAGAGUCGAAGCGAGGACGGAGCGACUCUUGUACUGGAGCGCAGGUGUACUAUUGAUGUGGACGCCCCUCGACUGCUGAAAAGGAUAGCAGGGGUGGAGUACCUGUAUUUUGUUCAGAAGAACACACUGGACCGGAGGCAGAGAUCACUGCAUAUUGAGGCCUACAACGAGUCCUUCUCCACCAGGGUGUUAGUUCGAGAGCACUGCAGCUACACGGUGCACCCAGAAAAUGAGGACUGGACUUGUUUUGAACAGUCAGCCAGUAUGGAUAUGAAAUCCUUCUUCGGCUUUGAGAGCACCGCUGAGAAGAUCGCUAUGAGGCAGUAUGCUUCCAGUAUUCAAAAGGGGAAAGAGAUUAUCGAGUAUUAUCUAAAAGAGAUGGAGGCAGAGGGAAUAACACACAUACCUCACUGGACUCCUCCCUCCACCACCCCUGCAUCCCUCCAGCUAGUGGUCAGCUCAGAUGUCGUUCCCAUAUCCAGCAGCAGCAACAGAGACGACCAGGGCAGAAUCUCUAAUAACCCCAAGGACAGCCUGUGUGGGUCUGUGGAAGAUAAGUUAGAUGCGGACUACAUCAGGAAAUAUUUAGGAGAGCUGAGUCCUCUGCAGGAGAGCUGCUUGAUUCGCCUACGGCAGUGGCUACAGGAAACACACAAAGGCAAGCUCCCUAAAGACCAGCAUGUGCUGCGGUUUCUACGUUCCCGAGACUUUAACCUAGAGAAGGCACGGGAGGCACUUUGCCACACUCUCACAUGGAGGAAGCAGCACCAGGUAGACUUCCUGCUGGACUCAUGGCAGUGCCCACAGCUACUGCAUGACUACUACACUGGGGGCUGGCAUCACCAUGAUAAAGAUGGCCUCCCCGUCUAUAUUUUAAGACUGGGACAAAUGGACACUAAAGGACUGGUCCGUGCAAUAGGGGAGGAGGCUCUGCUUAGACAUGUGCUCUCUAUUAACGAAGAAGGUCUUAAGCUUUGUGAGGAGAACACAAAAACGUUUGGUAGACCCAUCAGUUGCUGGACAUGUCUGGUGGAUCUGGAGGGCUUGAGCAUGAGGCAUCUGUGGAGGCCCGGGAUUAAAGCUCUACUGAGAAUCAUAGAGGUGGUGGAGGCUAACUAUCCUGAGACAUUGGGACGCCUGCUUAUUCUGAGGGCUCCUAGAGUUUUCCCUGUGCUCUGGGCCUUGAUCAGCCCGUUCAUUGAUGAGAACACUCGCAAAAAAUUCCUGAUCUAUGCCGGCAAUGAUUAUCAGGGUGCAGGAGGAUUGGUGGAUUACACGAAUAAGGAUUUUAUUCCUGACUUCCUCGGGGGAGACUGUCCGUGUGACAUCCCGGAAGGUGGUCUGGUUCCCAAAUCUCUGUAUCGUACAGCAGAGGAGCUGGAGAAUGAGGAGGUCAAACUCUGGACUGAAACCAUCUACAAAACGGCCUGCGUGUUUAAAGGAGCACCUCAUGAGAUGCUGAUUGAAAUUACAGAGCCAUCCUCUGUCAUCACAUGGGACUUUGACGUUUGUAAAGGUGACAUCGUCUUCAACAUCUUCCACUCUAAAAAGCCCCAGUUGUCAAGGAAGGAUAUUCAAGGUAAUCACAGCAUGGCAGGUCCGGGGGGCAACAACGUGCAGGUGACUGAGAAGACCUGGGUGCUGGGGCGGGACUACAUCAAGGUGGAAUCCCCCCUUAUUUGCAGAGAGGGGGAGAGCAUACAGGGCUCACAUGUGACACGUUGGACUGGCUUCUACAUCCUGCAGUGGUGUUUCCACAGCUCAGCAUCCAGCCUGACAUCACUUCAGGUCUCCACACACAAGUGUAGGGUGAUGUACUACACCGAGGUGCUGCGCUCUGAUGAUUUCAGGUUUGUAUAUUAUUUUUGCAUUCACAUAUUUAGUUACUAUUCUGCAUGUGUGUGUAUUUUGACUCUGUGUCUUUCUGUGUUUUUGAAUCUCAGGGGUUCUAUGACCAGUUUGGAAUCUAGUCACAGUGGUUUCUCCUAUCUUAGCACUAACACCACCUCUUCUAGCCAGUCACAUGCCAGCUCAUUCGCUUCACGGUAGCACAGACAGAUUUUGGUUUAAAUGAAGGGAAUUUUAUGUGUUUGUCUAUUAUUAUGACCUGGAUAAAGCCCAAACUACAUGACUAAUAAAUGCAGAUACCCUUU